UCUAGUUCCUAAUAUGUCACAGGUGAACUUUGACAACUACCGAGCCAUUUUAUCCUUUGUGAACAUUGGAAAUGUACACUGGAAGUUUCUGUACAUAAAUGCAGAUGACAGCUGUCUGUAUUUGGUCGAUCCUUCAAGAAACUCUUUGGAGCAGGAAGAGUCUGACCGUGCAGCCAAAAGAUUCCGUGAAUACUUCAAAAUGAGAAGGACAUGCUACAACAAAACAGACUGGGUGAAUGUGAGACUUCGAGGAGGAGUACUGACACAUCCAUUUCAACGGGAUGGUUCUAGCUGCGGAGUAAUGGUCAUCAUGAUGGCCAAAGCAGUAAUGGAAGCAUUCCCAAAUAAACCAGAAAUGACAUUUUUGACGACAAAAAAAGAGAUGGCCCAGGCACGAAGGACAUUUGCACAGACAAUACUUGAGGCCUCAGUAUUUGACAGUGACACCAACUGUGCCAUGUGUGCAACAGCGAAACCACCCAAUCCAGGACCCUCCAUCACUGACUGGAUUCAGUGUGAUAACUGCAACUGCUGGUUCCAUUCUGAAUACCUGGACAUGACAAAUGAACAGCUCAGCAGCGCUCAGAAGACAGAGUGGAAGUGUGUGCUUUGUGUAACCUAAUUCCACAUGCAGUGAAAGCUACUAGAAUAAUCUGCUUAUAGUUAUUAUUGGUGUUUUGAGGAACACAUGUGUAAAACACAAUAUGUAUAACAUUCUUGCUUUGAGCACGUAUUUUAAGUAUUUCCUUUUUGAUUUUUUGGGUUGAUUUGUGUGAUGACAGAUAAUGAAUAACAAUAUAUCAAAACUGUAUAAUAGUAAUCUGAGAAAUCUGUAAUAUGAGAAAUGUAAUUUCUCACCCCGACCGGUCACAGCAGAUGGCCGCCCCUCCCUGAGCCUGGUUCUGCUGGAGGUUUCUUCCUGUUAGAAGGGAGUUUUUCCUUCCCACUGUCGCCAAAGUGAUUGCUCAUAGGGGGUCAUAUGAUUGU